AAUCAGACCUCUUGGAAACCACUGUAAUCAGACCUAAGAAUUCAAAAGAAGCAGGUGCUGAGAUUUAAUUUGUCUUCCGAACAGGAGAAAUGGGCUGUGAUCGCAACUGUGGGCUCAUUGCUGGUGCUGUCAUUGGGGCAGUUCUGGCUGUGUUUGGAGGUAUUCUAAUGCCAGUUGGAGACAUGCUGAUUGAGAAGACAAUUAAAAAGGAAGCUGUCCUUGAAGAAGGUACAAUUGCUUUUGCUAAUUGGGUUAAAACAGGCAGUGACGUUUACAGGCAGUUUUGGAUCUUUGAUGUGCUAAAUCCACAGGACGUAAUAACGAACAGCGCUAACAUUAAGGUUAAGCAAAAAGGUCCUUACACAUACCGAGUUCGUUUUCUAGCCAAGGAAAAUGUAACUCAGGACCCUGAAACCCACACAGUGUCUUUUGUCCAGCCCAAUAGUGCCAUCUUUGAACCUUCACUAUCAGUUGGAACAGAGAAUGAUAACUUCACAGUUCUCAAUCUGGCUGUAGUAGCUGCACCCCACAUCUAUCAAAAUGCAUUUGUUCAGACAUUACUUAAUUCGCUUAUCAAAAAGUCAAAAUCUGAAAUGUUCCAAACCAGAACAGUGAAAGAGCUAUUGUGGGGCUACAAGGAUCCAUUUCUGAGUUUGGUUCCCUAUCCUAUUAGUACUACAGUUGGUGUAUUUUAUCCUUACAAUAAUACUGCAGAUGGAGUUUAUAAAGUUUUUAAUGGAAAAGAUAACAUAAGCAAUGUUGCCAUAAUAGACACUUACAAAGGGAAAAAGAAUCUCACCUAUUGGCCAAGUUAUUGUGACAUGAUUAAUGGCACAGAUGCAGCCUCAUUUCCUCCUUUUGUUGAGAAGAGCCGGGUGUUACAAUUCUUUUCCUCUGACAUAUGCAGGUCAAUCUAUGCUGUGUUUAGUACUGAAAUUGAUCUGAAAGGAAUUCCUGUGUAUAGAUUUAUUCUUCCAUCCAAGGCCUUUGCAUCUCCACUUCAAAAUCCAGACAACCAUUGUUUCUGUACAGAAAAAGUUAUCUCAGAGAAUUGCACACUAUAUGGUGUGCUAGACAUUGGCAAAUGCAAAGAAGGAAAACCUGUGUACAUUUCACUUCCUCAUUUUCUACACGCAAGUCCAGAGAUUGCAGAAAAAAUAGAAGGCUUGAAUCCAAAUGAAGAAGAACAUAGGACAUAUUUGGAUAUUGAACCUAUAACUGGAUUCACUUUACAGUUUGCUAAACGGCUCCAGGUGAAUAUAUUGGUCAAGCCAGCCAAAAAAAUUGAGGCAUUAAAGAAUCUGAAGAAGAACUACAUUGUGCCUAUUCUGUGGCUAAAUGAGACUGCCACCAUCGGUGAUGAGAAAGCAGAAAUGUUCCGAAAUAAAGUAACUGGAAAAAUAAGCCUCCUUGGCACAGUUGAAAUGGCCUUGAUCGGUGUUGGUGUGGUGAUGUUUGUGGCUUUUAUGAUUGCAUACUGUGCAUGCGUAUCAAAGAAAGUAAAAUAAGUAAGUAU